GUUUGCAUAUUUCGUUGAAAGCUUCGAGACAUAAACUGAGUUUUGGCUCGAUUGAGCCAGUUUUCUUGUUCCUUGUGUCGUAGAUUGCUAGAAGGUAAAAUUUUUUUGUACUUCGGGGUGAACACUUCUUGCCGUCCUUAUGCGACAGCCGGGAAUGAGUAUUUCUACGGGCGAUAAGGAAUUGGAAUUCGCCGACCCGAAAGAAGAGGCGACAUACUGGAAACAAGUAGCCGAGGAUUUAGAACGAAAGUUGCAAGAAGCAAGGGAUGAACUCGACGAGUUUCAAGAAGGUAGUCGUGAACUGGAAGCAGAAUUGGAAACGCAGUUAGAGCAAGCCGAAGCCAGACAGCGGGAACUUUUAGCGGCAAAAACACGGCUAGAAACGGAGAAUGAAAGCUUAAAGGCGAGACUAGAUGCGAGUCAGAAUGAAUCCUAUCUUACAAUAUCGUCUCUUCAAGAUGAAGUUGCUCAGCUAAAAGCUGUUCGAGAAGAAGUCCAAAAAUAUGUUCGGGAACUCGAACAAGCAAAUGACGAUCUCGAGCGAGCGAAAAGGGCAACAGUAUGCUCUUUAGAAGAUUUUGAGCAGAAGUUGAAUCAGGCUAUAGAAAGAAAUGCUAUUCUUGAAAAUGAAUUAGAUGAAAAGGAAACACUCCAAGAAUCGGUACAAAGACUAAAAGAUGAAGCGAGGGAUCUCAGACAAGAACUUGCAGUUAAAGAAAAGGAGAAAAAGAAACCUGGUGAAGGAUUAGAAUUCACCAAAGAUAAAGAAAAUAACAAAGAAAACAAGGAACCAUCAAAACCAGAGGGAACUCCAAUGAAGACAGACACUGUGAUUCAGACCUCAGACCCUCUUGUGAAUUUAACAACUGCAUCUAUAGGAACCUCACCGCUUCAUUCCGGCUAUGGAAAUUCACCACUAACACCAUCUGCACGAAUAUCGGCUCUGAACAUCGUGGGAGAUCUUCUCAGAAAAGUUGGGGCUCUUGAAUCUAAACUGGCUUCAUGUCGAAACUUUGUCAAAGAUCAGCCUCGAAAUCCAAGAGGAUCAACUGGGUCGAGUAGCCCCUCUGACUCGCCAAGACCAAGCAGAAUUCCCAAGAGUAAUUACCAAAACCCAGGAAUGCAAGGGCUAGUCAAGGUUCAGGUUUAAUAACAGAAAACGUGUGUGAGGAAAAACAAAAUACGCUUAUAUUGCCACACUGAGCUGUGUUUUAGAGCAUUCUAAACAUCCCAGAUGUGUGCUGGUGCAGUUGUGCCUUGACCCAAAUGAAAUUUGAGCCAAUAAUGUUUUGAAAAACAGCUCAAUUACCCGAGGCUAUACCCUUAGGCUAAAUCAGGUCUUGUUCACUUUCGAUUCAUUACAAAAAUGAAUUAAAGGUGUAGGUCGUUCAUGGUGUAUAAUGUUGAGCUACAUCAUUUCAAUCCAUAGUUUUAAAUUCAGAGUAGAAUUUGCGUCCAAUUUGUACAGAUAUUUUGUAUUGCUGUAUUAAGCAUUUUAUUGUAUCAUAGAUUCAGAUUCAGGUAGCACAAGAGAAAUUCUACAUUCAUUUAAAAAGGUGACCCAGAGACAUUUAAGAAUAUUUAAUAAUUGUGCAGAAUUACUGUAUGAGAGCAAAACUCUGCAGUCAUUUAAGAUUUCCAAUACUUCCAAGUAUUUAUUUUUAAAAAAACUUUUCAGCAGGUGAAAUCUGGAAAGUUGUCGUACCUGUGCAUACUACAAUGGGCAAUAUGGUUUUGCAGGAUUUUUUUUAAUUGUCUACACUUUUGUUUGGACAUUAGAGCUUUAUCAAGUAGCAGACAAACCAAAUAAAUAUAUAAAAUCAUCCAUCAUUGUCGAUUGGUACAUGUGCAUCUAAGCAAGAGUUGCCAUGUCUCUAAUGUAAGCAAUGACAGUUGAUGGCAGCAUUAUUUGAUUAUCUAAGGUAAAGAUUGAAAAUACAGGCAGAACACUAAAUCUGUUUUCCCAACUGAAGGUCAACUGGUGUUUGUAGAGUCAAAGAGAGUGUGGUAAAUCUGGUGUUUUUAUUCUAGUGAACUACAACCUGGGUUCACGUUAUUUAAUAAAUAAACCGAGUUAUUGAAACUGCACUGUCUAGUAUUUUCCCCUUUUCCACAGCUGCAGUGAACAUCUAAAUAAGGGUUGAUGUGUGUUUCCAGUCUCAUGAUUUAGCUCAGUUUGAACUCCUUCUGGAGUUAUCAUUAUGUGUUGAUUAGUACAUAAAAUUCUGCAAUUCAGUUUUGUAUAUGUUGUUAAUGUGAUCUAAUUUAGGAGAGAGCUUUUUAUAUUUUUUAAAAUAAAUUACAUGUACAUGUAAACAGCCAUAUAUGUAUAUAUAAAAAAAUAUCUUUUAAUUUGUGUGAUCACUUCGACAUCUGAUUCAUAUUUCAAAUUGAGACCCAUUUACCAAAGGCAUAUGAUAGAUGGCAAUUGCAUUUAUGCUUUGAAACAUGAAUUUUCAGGUUGAAAGAUAACAGAUGAGGUAAGAUAAGAUAGGAUAACAAAUGAACAGCCUUAGCUUUAGAGUUUACAAUUCAUUUAAAAGCAUAAAUCAUGCCUUUGGUAAGUGUAUUUUGUUUUUGAAAUAAAGUCAGUUAUUUAGGAUUAACUACAGUUGCCAUGAAUUGACAUAAUUGCAUGGCAUUGGUUAUUAAAUAUUAAGGUUACAAGUCAAUAAUGACACUCAACCCUCUCAGUCUAAAUGGGAUACUGUUGCCACUUGUCUAUCUAGGGAGGUGGCCACUGUGCAGCUUAUGAGUGUGCAAGGACCAGCACCAGGUAUCCAUAUUAAAUAAAGAGAAAGAGAGAAAGAGAGAGAAUUGACUGCAUGUCAUGUUAUUCCUUCAGCUGUAAAAAUAAACCCUGGUCUGGUUAUCAGACAGUAUUAUUAUUAGUAUUAUUGUUCACUCGUUGCAGUGAUAUUCUAAAGUAAACUGUAUGAGUGUGUUGCAGACUAAAGUUACCUAACUCACAAAUAUCCCUUGAUAAGUACAAUAGUGCCUAAAUUAUUAAUUAUUUUUCUUAGUACAAUCUUUUGGUGAUGAGACAAGUCACAUGAGUUCAACGUUUCAUAGAUUCAAGAGGACAAAGUAUCGUAAAACAGUUAAUUUUAAACAGUCCCAAAUGUAAUUUUUUUUUUCUUUUUUCGGUGUCUCCAGUUCUUGUCUACCCCUUUUUUUGAUUAUUUUUUUGUCUGCUGUUGAAGUAAUGUCACUAACCAAUUUUCAAUAUACACCAGUUUUUUUUAAUAAUCCUUAUCAUCCUCCAUAAUGAGUGCAAUGACUUGUUCACAACAUCACUACCAAGAUUGUGCUAAGUUCUUUAUCUGGAUGUAAUAAAUUUGUUAUAUUCUGAUUACUAUUGAGCGCCUUUUCCCUUGGGAAGGCCAGGAAGAAUUGAUUAGGCAAAAUAAUGGAGAACUUACAGACCUAAUGCACUUUGGUGUUGAGUCCUCAGCAACACUCCCCCUUUGUCUUGGUUGCCCAAAAACUCUUUGAAGUAAUAAACAUUUACUGGCAAGAACCUUAAGUUUUGGAACACUAAAGUGUCUUGCAUUACUGCAAACAAUCAAGUCGAUAAUACUUAGUUGUUAAUAUACUACAUUGGUGGAUUGGGUGUUACCUCAUCCCUUAUCCCUGGGAAAAUUCAACAUCUGUCAUUCAAAUCCUCAGCUUUCAAAGAUAUUCCAAUAAAUAUUUCCAUUUGCCGGAAGGAGGUCAAGCAUGCUACCUCUUCCUCUUCUUAACUGGGUGUUUUAGGUCCGCCUGUAUACCAUGUGUUCAAUCAAUCUUCCUCACUUUCUUAAAGUAAGCAGUAAUAACCUUGAGUGAAUUUUAAAUUAGUGUAACAGUUAAAACUCCUCCACUUGUUCACACAAACAGUGGAGACCUAUGCCUGAAGCAGCCCUAUGGGUUAUGAAAGUGUGCCUGCAUAGAAUUUACAUAUGCCACAUAUGCCCGUGCAAGAUCAACAAUGUAACUUGUAUUACUAGAAAAAGGGACAAUUGUUAAUUUAUUGAAAUGUGUUGGCCUUGAUGAUGCCUUGCAAAGAGUGACUUAAGUUAUCUGAAGAGUGUUUGUCCAUGCUGUCUUGAGGUUUAUUCACCAAUAAAUAAGUAUAAACUGCAAAA